AUCUAUUAUUGGUUAACAACUUACGAUCAUUAUCAGUUCGCUUACCUGUUAAAACUGAUAACCGACUAUAUGUUUACUAUCUCUAUAGAAGACAACCAAAAUGCAAGAGGAAGCAUUUCUAGACUAAAUUAAGAGUUAAAUGCCUUAUGAAAGCUUGAAUUCUUGAGAAAACACGCAAGAAAUUAGGGUAAGAUAAUACCAUUUUAGGUAUUAUCAAAUAUCAGUCACCCCUUCUUUUCUAAGGAGUCAAUUUCACAUGUUGAAAACAUAAGAUAUUGUUUUAUCAGAUGAUCAAAAAGUUAAUAAUAUCCCUCUCCUCCACACUGCCGCAUGUGGCCGAAGAUUCUAUCGGUGUCGAGAAGACUGGUGUUGCAAAGUUGAAAGAGAAUGAUUCUCUCUACAAGAACUACACCCUCAAUGGUAUGGAGGAUUAUCUAUAUGACUAUUACGCCUAGGGUUUACAAAAAAAAACACAAUGAUCGGGUAUCCACCCGACCCGAACCAGUCAAUGCGAGCAAACCCUGCAUUGACAGGAUUUAGGUCAGGGUAUGACCUAACCCGAAAGUGUAGUUAUCAGGUACAAGAAAGAUAUGAAUAUUCUAUUAUCUUGCCCAAACCCGUUUGGUAGCCCAAUACCCAGUACCCAGGUACACCCUCAGUCCCUUGACUUCUCACUUCUUGAAUCUCGUUAUCACUUUCAACUCCCUUCUUGUCGUCCCCAAACUUCGUGUUUCUGAAUUCUCAUUCUCUAUCAUCCUUCGGUCUCUAGACUCAUCAUCUUCUUAAACCCAACAAAUCAAAGUCCGCCAACCAUUAAAUAAAUUCUUCUUCUCGAAUGAAAACCUUUGUUAAUUCUUUCAUUAUGAUAUACACUAAUUCUCAUCUAUUUAUUCUUUACAGUAAAAUCAACUACAUCCCGAUAGUUGUAAAUUAACAAAUAGGGGUUUCAAUCAUUCAAUGGAUCCAUAAAUUGAAUCGGCGAGAACUUAAGUGAAGAAGAAUUGAAGCAUAGUACAUUUUCUUAUCUUUUUAGUUUCUUUUCAACGUCUGCUAGGGAGCGGAUAGUAUAACAACAAGAUUCAUUAACGGUAAAAGGGUAAACUAACACAAAAUAACAAAUUAAAAUUAAAAUAUUCAAUCCCAGCCUUCCCCUCUCCGUCUCUCGAUCUCUUCUCCUCUGAUAUCCCCAUUGGCGCUUCUCUGCCGUACUCUCUCAUCCAUCACCAAUAAGAUCGUCGUCGGCACUUCUUUGUCGUACUCUUUCCUUCGUCAUCGUCAAGAUCACCGCUAUUGAGAGAAGGGGAGAUAAUGGAGAUUUUGGCGACAGAGCAAGAUCUGAACUCUUAGAUCGGAGCCGUGAUGUCUCUGACGGCAGCAAUUGUGGCAGCAAAAUCUAAAAUCUCAGAUUGGAGCAGCGAUGUCUCGUCAAUUGAGGCCGUGAAUUCCAUCGUCCAUUCAAGUUGUGGUGAGACCACAGCCGCCAUGUACCAUCGCUUGCAUGCUCUGAAGCUACAAACAAAAGCCGCCGCAAAAGAGAAAGGUAGUAGGAUGUACAUAUGAUAAUUAAUGUUGUGGGAUAAUGACCGAUUGUAGUAGAGCAAGUGAGAGGGGAUGGUCCCGGUUCCGGCGAAGAGGAGCUUUUGUUGCUUUUGUUGGAUACUCGUUGUUCAUAACCACAUAAAAAAUCUCCUACCACAAACACAGUAAAUCAAACCUUAAAAAGCAUAUCAGAAACCUGUUAAUGCAUACCAUAACUCUCCUUAAACAUACCAGAAACCCCAUAAAGCAUACCAUCAACACGGUAAAGCAAACCACAAACACGGUAAAGCAAACCACAAGUCUUUCAUAAGCACACCAGAAACCUCCUAAUGCAUACCACAAAUCCCCUAAAACAAACCACAAACCUCACAAAGAAAACCACAACAUUUGCGAAAGCACACCAGAAAUCUCAUAAUGCAAACCACAAGCACAGUAAAACAAACCACAAAAACAAACCAAAAACUUCCUGAUGCAUAUCUCAAAUCUAUUAAAACAAACUAGAAACCCCUCAAAGAAAACCACAAAUAGUAUAUAAAAACACGAGAAACCAAACCAUAAUAUCCGGUGGUCGUUGACCAAACUCCGAUGACCGUCAGUGAGCAGAUUCCGACGCCGAUUGGCAUAUUCCGAUCCCGAUUACUAGAUUCUGACGCCGGUAAGCAUAUUCCGUCCACGGUUAUUGGAUUCCGGCAAAGGCGAGCAUAUUUCGACGACAAAAUAGCAUAUUCUGGUAACAAAAAACAUAUUCCGGUGACUGGCGGACAGAUUCCAACAAACGGUGGCCGAAUUCCGGUGAGUAAAUUUUUGGCAGAAAAUUUAAAAAUAUUUUUAAAAAUAUUUUUUAUUUUUUUAUUUUUUUAUUAAUAUUUAAAUAUAUUUUUCAUAAUGACAAUUAUACCCCUGCUUUGAUUUUACACUAGGUAAACUCAGCUAAUAAAAAGUCAUCACAACCCUAGCUUCUUAUUGGUUGGAGACUAGUGUUGUUACAAUAACAACACAAGGAGUGUUGUCACACUAUCUAGUCCCCGUCUGCUACUAUGCCUAAUUAGGAUCUUGGAUUUGUGUUAAGUUUUUUUAUUUUUACAAGGAGGUAGGUGACUUGGAUGGAAUCGUAGAAUGACCACGUAUAUAACAUAUUCAUGAAUAUAUACAUACUCAUAAGAUAUCCAGAGGUACGGGUGUGGUAAGAGAUUUAGUAUUUGUUUCAUCAUAUGGUACCUACCUGAUAUCUGUCAGAAACUUAGAUGGGCGGGUAUUGGAUAGCCACUAUCCGGUCUGAUCCGACCUAUUGUCAACCCUAACUGCACAAUUAAAAUAACCCUACAAAGAUGGUUUGGGAUGCUCUCUAGAAUUGGUACAACACUGAGGAGGUUGGAGCCUAAAAGUAUGUUGUCAACCGAUACAUGCGCUACCAAAUGAUGGACGACAAGUGUGUCAAAAUUUAGUCACAUGAACUCCAAAAUAUUGCCCAUGAGAUUUUCAAAGAAUGUAUUUAUCUUAAUGAUCAAUUUCAAGUUUCUAGUAUCAUUGUUAAGUUGUCGUUUCGUGGAAGGAUUUUAAGAAUGUUAUUACGAAUAAAAUCAAAGAAUUUUCGUUGGGAAGUUUGAUAACUCGCCUUAGGAUAGAUGAUGAAGCUCGUAAACAAGAUAUGAAGGGAGAUGUGCUGGUUGUUAAACAUCUAGGGCUGUGAAACCUAUCCAUAAAAUUUAGGAUUAGAGACACAAGCCGAAUCAGAUUCACACCAAUAAGAAUGGUAACCCUCGUGGUAACCAAAUAGUCGUGGUCCAAUACUCUAAGAAUGACACUAUGUUUCUUUGCUAUAAUUGUAGAAAGCAAGGUCAUAAAGUAUUGGAACAACUCUAACAUUGAUCCUUGUGUUAACUUGAUUGAAGAUGAGGAUUUGGUAGCUCAGAUUAAUGCGAUGAUAUCAUUGGUUAACCUUGCAGGUAAAUAUGAAGGAAAGUGGCUAUAUAUUGGCGCCUCAAAGUACAUGUGUAAUAUUCUUGUUAUGUUCAAGACAUAUACUAAGGUGUAUGCUGAUAGGAAAGUAUUGUUGGGUACUACCCGCACCACCAUUGUGGCUGGAUGUGGGACUGCGGAAUUGAACUUUACUUAUUGCAAGACUCUAUCCCUCCUAGACAUCUUGCACACACCAAAAAUACGAAAGAAUCUUGUUUCAACAUACCUUCUCAACAAGGUUGGGUUUCAUAAAGCAUGUUUAUUUGUAUACCCAUACUAAGAUUGAUAAAUUUGAGGGAAAGGGUAUGCAUGUGAUAGGAUGUUUAACUUGAAUUUUGAACUCAAUAAGUCGAAUUCUUAUGUUUACAUGUUGGGUGAUUUCAAUUUUAGAACACACGUCUUUGUCAUGUGAACAAACAUAUUGUACAUGUUUAGACCCUCAAUCCUUGAUCCUUUGGCUUGCAUUUGUCAUUCUCUAGCCCGUUUUACGCUAGGUUAUGCUAGUUUUAGAAUAUUUCAGAUCUAGCAGGUUAAUAUGGCAAGGAACAAUUGUUGGACCAUUGGAGGCAGAACCGGGACAAAAACAACAAGAUGACAAAUGACAUGAUUUAGAGCACGGAUGUCAUGGACCAAGACGUGACAUUUAAAAAAGAAGUCGUGAGAUUCAACAAAGUUCCAGGAUCUUUUGCACAUGUCACGGGCGCUGCGGAAUUCACGGUUCCAAAACAUGACAUUUAUAGAAGAAACUGUGACGUUCGACAGGCAAUUGCACUUGUCACGACCGGCCAACACAUGUCAUGAUUUUAACCCUGAUAUGGGCAACACAACAGUGACUUGUGCAUAUAAUGCGGUGCGUUACUAGUCGACAUCACGGUCAUUGUCGAUUGUCACAACCGUGACGAAAAUAACUCAUGCAUUGUCUCGAGUAUAAAGUUGCUGUUGCAAUUUUUGAGAGGGGAAAGCUGGGUUUUCGGCCAAAAAACACCCAAGGGGUGUUCCAAGGAGAGGGAUAACAAUCUUGGAGGAUUUUGGAGCUAAAUUGGAGGUACCCAUCACCAUUGGAGCUAGAAGAUCAAGCCCAGAGAUGAAGAUCGAAGAUCUUGAAUUUUGUACUGUAUUCUCUCUCCUCUCUAUGGAAUAAUCUCCUUUACUUAGGUAUUGAUGAACCCUAUUCAUGUUGAGCUUAUACUCUAUCUUGUUAUUCUUAACUUCAUAUCCAAUAUUUACAUAUUUCGAUAUCCAAUUCUUCCUUGAUCAAGAUUAAAUGAUUUUGCUAUUG